CUUUGUUGACGGAGAAAUAGCAGCUACCGUUAGAGUGUUUUCGACUAGCCUGACUUGUCUUCCGAAGUUCACCAGUGCCGAUGUGGUGAAGAGUGUGGAGAUACAUUCGUCCACUAAAGGGAACAAACUGGACAAGGGAUAUAAAUUCUUCCACGAAGAGUUUAUCCACAAUUACCAAGUUGCCAUCCUGUACCAGACCGCUCAUUAUUCACAGCUGGGUCUGCAGGCUGUUCCACCCCCCCUUGCCUGCACAAGUGGCUUGCAAAGAUGGCACAGACCAAGAACACAGGGAAUCCAUCCUGAACCUGUUAGUGAGCUGGUGGUGCAAAAGCCCAAAACAGUGGGUCAGAAUGGUCUGAGGUCCACAUUGUACAAGGCAUAUACAGGACCACUGCCAGAUCCAUAUAUGAUGGCAUCUGGAAGCAAAUUAAGCCAGGUGCAGCCCCAGCCUCUCAUGGCUGUUAUAUUGGAUGGGGUUUCUGAGAUGGAGCUGACGCCAUCUAAAUUUGGUUCUGUCCCUCGUGGAUCACCCAUGUCCUAUCACUGUCCACCCAAGAAGUCCAGCGACCUCAUCCUACACCACAUGGCUCCAGAAUUUCCGUCUCUUCCUCUGAUGCAGCACACUUUUCCCAGGUUGCAUUUCGUGCCGACAUUACAUCAGUUAAUGCAUCUCCAGUCUCUUGAAGUGUCACCGCAGCUGUCCAGCGAGAUAGCAAAAGAAACUCAGCAGCAGUCCAAAUGUCCUGCGUGGACACAGCUACGGCGACCAAGGCUGACUGCCAGUCGUUUUUGGGAUGAUUGUUGUUGUAAGGCGUGUCGUGAAGAGCAGGAGUCUGCAGCUAUUCAGAUGAUCAGAGGCUGCACAAAGCAAACAGCUCCAAUGAAGCGUGGUCUGCUGGUGGAGCCUGAAGUGCUGGCAAACUAUGCUGAACUGAUGCAAGUUAAUGUGCUACCAGCAGGAUUCGUCAUUCACCCUGACGCACCACAUCUCGGGGCCAGUCCAGACGGUCGGGUGUAUGACCCUUCAGAGUCGCCUCCUUUUGGCCUGGUUGAGGUGAAGAGCAGCACAAAAAAUGAUCCAUCUCAGGUUGCUCACCUCAAGGUGCAGGAAGGCCACGCUAGUCUGAAGCGUUGA